AUGCAACUAGGGAAUAAAACAAAUGCUCAAGAAUUCUUCCUCCUGGGACUUUCAGACAAGUCUGAACAGCAUCCUCUCCUCUUUGCAAUAUUCCUGUGCAUGCACCUCAUCAUUCUGACAGGGAACUUACUGAUCAUUCUAGCCACUGGCUCUGAUUCACACCUCCACAUGGCUAUGUACUCCUUCCCCUCCAACCUCUCCUUUGUUGACCUCUGUCUGACCACUAAUACCAUCCCAGAGAUGUUGGCAAACAUUCAGUCCAAGAGUAAGUCCAUCUGCUACAUUUGCUGCCUGACACAGAUGUACUUUUUCUACAUUAAUGGAAUUGUAGACAGUGUCUUAAUCACUGUGAUGGCCUAUGAGUGCUUUGUGGCCAUCUGUCAUCCACUGCACUAUACAACAAUCAUGAGCCCAUGUCUCUGUGGUUUGAUGGUAGGUUUGCCUUGGGCUGUCUCCAUUGUGAUUUCUCUGGCACACACCCUCCCGAUGUUUCCCUUGAAUUUCUGUGCCAGCACUGAGCUCCGUCAUUUCUUCAGUGACCUCACACCACUGCUUCAGUUGGCCUGUUCUGACACUACAGUCAACAAGAUCUUGGGACUUAUUGUGGACAGAAUGGUGAUCGUCACACCCUUCCUCUGCAUCCUUGCUUCCUAUGCUGGAAUUGUUGUGUCUAUUCUAAAGGCCCCUUCUGCAGGGGGCAGGAAGGAAGCCUUCUCCACCUGCAGCUUCCACCUCUCUCUCAUGGCACUCCUUUAUGGGACCACUAUUGCAGUCUACCUCAGCCCCUCCUGUAUCCACACAACUGUGAAGGAUAAAGCUUUUUCUGUGAUGUACACAGUAGUCACACCCACGCUGAACCCCUUUAUCUCCAGCAUGUGCAACAAAGAUCUGAAAGGGGCUCUGAAAAAACUUGUCAACAGAAAAAUUGUCUCUUCUCCUUGA